AUGUCUGAGCUGUGGCUGCUGACGGUCCUGGCGCUGUCCCUGGUGUCGCUGUUGCUGGUCACUGUGGUGGCCCUGGCGCUGCACUCGGGGCUGCUGACCCGGGUGCGGGUCAGCGCGGGCGCCUCUCCCGUGCGCGCCCUCACCCUGGCGUACAAGUACAGUCGGGGACCGUACCGGCAGGUGGGCAGUCUGUUCACCCAGAGCACCAGCAUCGGCCCCGAGCUCAGCUGCGUCGGGGUUUACUACGACGAUCCCAACCAGGUACCGCCUGAGAAGCAGAGAUGUAUAAUAGGCAGCAUCCUGAGUGAAGGAGACGAGAAACCUUCUGAAGAGCUGGUGAAACUCUACGAGCAGUUCGGCUUCAAGAUAUUCUCCUUCCCAGAAGUCACGCACGUUGUCAUGACUACGUUCCCCUUCACGACCUUCCUCUCCCUGUAUCUGGCCAUGUACAAGGUGUACCCGGUGAUGAACGAUUACAUCAAGAACCGGAAGCUGUGUGCUCACCCAUGGCUGGAGAUCUACCGAGGGGAUGUGAUUUACUACGUGUGCCCUCUGGCACGACAGGGAGACUUCUAUGUCCCUGAACUGAAACAGGCGGAAAGGAAAGCGAAGGAGGAAGAGGGAGAUGGACAAACUGACAUUACAGGUGCGGAUUCCUUCAGCGACAACAGCUCGGUGAGCUACACAGACAGGUCAGAGAGCAGAGAAACGUCAAUGGCGCCUUCGGUCGCCCCCUUCUUGUCAAAGCGGGAGUCAGAGGACAGUGACAGCAAGAGCGACAGGAGUGAAUCAAUGGCCAGCGGAUCAUCCUUUGAGGAACUGGACCUGGAAGGACAUGAUGACGGGGAAAGGUUAGGGCUCUCCCAACAGAACUCUGAGCUCAGGAAAGAACAGGACCAUCCGGCGGGUCCGAAGAAACCUUCGGACAUCAGCACGGAAGAGGAACAGUGAAAGUAUAAGGAACAAAUGUUUGAUCGACGGUAUUUCGGAACGAGUUAUAGAAUUGACCUGACACAUUCCCUAUGAUAUGUAAGAGUUUUGUGUGGCUCCGUGAUUUCUAUGUUGGGAAUUAUUCACAGUGAGAGGAUUAUUAACAAACACCUGCAUUUACUGAUCCGAACAAAUUAUUAACUGCCGAUAUUAAAAAUUAAUUCUGCUUUAGCGUUUAAAAGUAUAUUUCUUUGUAUCCUCUUAAAAUCAUCUUUUUUUUAAAAAAAAUUGUGGUUGAUUGUAGCUGUUUGACGGCUGGUUUAAUUGCUCUGGAAGCAGUGCUAUAGUUUCCCACAUUUCCCAACUUUUCUUAGGUUGGUCACUCAACCCACGACUGUUUGUGGGGACGCUGCAGUGCGCAAUCGGCUGCCGUGUUUCGCCCACAAAAUAUACAGUCAAUUCACUUUACAGUAUAUCCUAUGAAGCGCUUUGAGGCGUCUCGAAGACGUGAUGAACCUCUGUAUCAAAUGCAAGGAGUAUUAUUAUUUUUAUUAUUAUUAGAAUGGCCAUUUGAGCAAAGUACUGAAGACCAACCGUUUUUCACGCCACCAGAUAGACAGGAGAAGGAGGCAGAUCUCUUCAGAAGAACUGGGAGAAAAAUUGGUUUCCAAAAAAAGUUGCUCUUUGGACAUGAUGGGGUGGGGGGGAGAACGAGUACGUUGGAAGGUUUGUUGACGACAGUACUCCUAUAGGGACGUAUCAUCCAAUGCUUUUUCUUUAGUUUAGUUUUGCUAUAGUCAGUCCAUAGUCCUACGUUUAAAAGUUUCUUCCAAUACAUUGAAAUGAAAGUUACUGAGAACAUUUAACUCUGUUACGCGUUGCCUGUAAAUGUCAAGCCUUCAACUGACACCAGCACAGCAAUAAAUUAAAAUUAAAAAAAUGA